UCUACUCAGACUGGCAUAGAGGGGGAGCAGAGAGGAAGAGUUUGCAUCAAGAGCAGGAUUAUGGCUCCCUCUCUCACACACACAGGAAGCCCUACUCUACCUUUGCAGGGAAAGAGACCCUUUUCAUAAAACUAACUGAAGGCACCCAUUCACAGCCAAGGGGAGCGCGCUCUCUCUCUCUCUAUAAAGGGCAAAGCAACCGUAGAGACUUUUUUUUUUCUCUCCAAAAAAAUAAAAGAGAAACGCACUCAGCGAAAAUUUGAUGCUUUUACCGCCUGCCCUCCAAAGAUCGAGAUCGAUCUUUUCUUGCAACGAUUCCCACCCCCCUUUAAAAAAAAAAAUCACAACCCCUGGCAGAAACCCGCUGCUUCUGCAAAACUAAACUCAAAUCCAUCAAACGAUUUGAUUCUCCAAGUUCCAAAAAGAAAUCAAGCCCCAGCAACCGAAUUAAAUGGGGGGGGGGGCAUUAUUUCGUUAUUAUUUAACUCGCCCCCCCAAAAACCAGUAUACAAGAAGGGCUGCCGCUCCGCCCUAAACAAAAUUAAACCCUUUGCUUAGGGAAAGACGGUGCCUUUUCUUGCAGCUUUAUGAAUGAAACUGACAGACAGCUCGGAGUAACGUUCCUGCCGUGAAACUAACAAGCUGGUAAAUUUCAUCGGUGGGUGUUGGUUGGGGGUGGGAUUUUAGUACAGGGGAAAAAAAGGACGUUCUAAUCUCCAGAUUGUCUUGUCUUUUGUGUGAGUGUGUGUUGGUUGAAGCGGCAGGGUCGAUGUGUUUUGAAGGCAGCAAUACAAACUGAAUAUAUCCUGGGAAGCUGGUAGAUUUUCCCAAAUGAAAAGUGUACGGCCUUCUCUCUCUCUCUCUUUAAUCUCCUCUUGUCUGUGUGGAAGUAACCGGACUGUCAGCAUGUUCAUUUCGUAAGUGAGUCUAACGCAACAGCAGCAGCAAGAGGGAGAGAGAAAAGCAGCAACUUUUCCUUUACUGGGCUGUGGUGCUUUGAUUCUUGGUUGAGGACAGGACAAGAAGCUUGUGUGUGCGUUUGUGCAAAUGGAAAAGCGUAGAUUUUGGAAAAUUUCAUGGAGUAAGUGAAAAGAGUUUUUACUGCAACAUCUAAAAUAAACUAUUUAAGGGAAGAAAAAAGAGCAGAUCUUCAGCCCCACGUUUUCAGCCCACACUCAAUUGGCUUUUUGAAAGUGCAGAUCCUUUGAGACAGGCAGAGAGGGAGAGAGAGAAGAAGAAGAAAAAAAUCCGUAUUUGUAACUAAAACACAUUGCAUCCAGGGAAGGUUGACAGAAUCAACCUCUUGUGGAGCUCAGCUGCGCUGAAAUAUACAAGCAAAAAUACCCAGCAGCACUCCUGUUUGCAUAAACGGAAUGGCGAAGUGAAAAUAUUUCCAACUUUUUUUUUAAUUUGUAACUUUCUGAUUUGUUUGCUUGCUUAAAAAAAAAACCCCUUUUUUUCCAAACUUCCCCCACCCCCAACCUCAAAGAUAAAAUUACUAGCUCUAAAAAUAAAGCAGUGGUUAAAGAUUCCCCCCCCCUCCCACACCUCUCUUGCUUACUGUGUGUUUGCGUUUGACAAAGAAAUUAUUUGAACUUCCCUCUGCCUCAUAAAAGGGAAGCAGAAUAGCAGUUUUGACAUAUGGAUGUGAUUUUUCUGCUCUGAGACAGAUGCACACACCAAACAAACAGCACCAGGAACUGCUGCUCUGACUGAACUGGGUGUUGGUGCUCCCUUCACAUGGACUCUUUCCCUACAUUUCUGAAACUGCAUCGAUUUCCAGCCAUGAGAAAGCGAAGCAAAGAACUGGGGUUUCUUGUCAUGUGCCUCUCUGGCUAAAACUGUGGAAACAAACAAGCAAAUAAUAAUUAAAAAAAAAGCUGGGAAGGAAGAAAAAUAAAAGAAAAAAAAUCAUCUACGACUGGAUCCCUGGAAGAUCCUUCGUCCUUCUACUUCCCUUAGAGAUCGUGGAUGCUGCAAUAAGUCUCUUGGAUAUGGGAUCAUAUUUGGUUUAUCACAGCCUGGGUUUGAUCCUCUGCUGCUCGGUGUUGAGUUCUGUCUAUGCUCUGGUGGAUGCUGACGAUGUCAUCACCAAAGAGGAGCAGAUCUUCCUGCUGGUAAAAGCCAAGUCCAAGUGCGAGCGCCACCUGAAAGUCAAGAUACACGAUGGUUUCUGUCUGCCCGAGUGGGACGGCAUUGGCUGCUGGCCCGAAGGCGUGCCGGGCAAAGUGGUGGCCAUGCCGUGUCCUGAGUACAUCUAUGACUUCAACCACAAAGGCCAUGCCUAUCGGCGGUGUGACGUGAAUGGGAGCUGGGAGCUGGUGCCAGGCAACAACCGCACCUGGGCGAAUUACAGCGAAUGCGCCAAGUUCCUCACCAACGAAACCAGGGAGACGGAGGUCUUUUAUCGCCUCUAUUUGAUUUAUACUGUUGGAUACUCCAUCUCUCUGGGAUCCCUGACAGUUGCUGUCCUUAUCUUGGGAUACUUCAGGCGUUUGCACUGCACAAGGAACUACAUCCACAUGCACCUGUUUGUCUCCUUCAUGCUGAGAGCGGUCAGCAUCUUUGUGAAGGACGCGGUCCUGUACUCUGGGUCAGCUCUGGAGGAGAUGGAGCAUCUGUCUGAAGAAGACCUCAUGUCCAUUACCGAGGCCCCCCCAGCGGAUAAGUCGCAGUUUAUGGGUUGUAAGGUCGUCGUCACCUUCUUCCUGUACUUCCUGGCGACCAAUUACUACUGGAUCCUGGUGGAAGGGCUCUAUCUCCACAGCCUCAUCUUCAUGGCCUUUUUCUCUGAGAAGAAGUAUCUUUGGGGCUUCACGCUGUUUGGCUGGGGACUCCCUGCUGUAAUUGUCACAGUGUGGGCCAGUGUGAGGGCCAAUCUAGCAGACACAGAGUGUUGGGACUUGAGUGCCAGCAAUUUACAAUGGAUAUUUCAGGUGCCCCUCCUGGUAGCUAUUGUGGUGAGUACCGGAUUUGAUUUGGGGUGGCGAGGGGGAUGGGAGCCAAAAGUUCAAGCCGAAAUAAAGAAGUCAUGGAGCAGGUGGACUUUAGCCCUUGACUUUAAAAGGAAAGCACGAAGUGGGAGCACGACCUAUAGCUAUGGACCCAUGGUCUCCCAUACCAGCAUCACUAAUGUAACCACCAGAGGGGCCCUAGCCCUACAUCUCAAUACGAGACUUGUACCGGGUGCCCUCAAUGGACACCGAAAUUUGCCAGGCUAUGUCAAAAAUGGCUCAAUUUCUGAAAACUCCAUGCCUUCUUCUGGGCCAGAGCAGUACAACAAAGAAGAGGAGUACCUGAACGGCUCUGGACUUUAUGACGGAGACAGACCCACGGUACUUGUUGAAGAAGAAAGAGAGACAGUGAUGUAA